AUGUCUUUCCACCCCCAAACUCCCCAAAGUCCCUCGCAAUUCUCGCCCGCAACCUCUUCGGAUCCCUCCCUCGGCUCGUCCGGCUCUGUGGCCGCCGCGGGAACAGGAACGACGACCUUGCCGACUCCUGCACACAGCGUCAACGGCAGCUCCUCGCACCCCGACUCCAUCAUGCUCGACGACUCACCGCACAAGCGAAAGCGGCCCCUCGAAGAUGUCGGCGACGACCGCGACCUGAAAAAGGCUCACAUUGACGACUACAAGCUCGCCAUCGAAGACCUGCACCGGGACGUGGGCCUGAAAUACCUCCUUCUGAAAUCUCCGCAUCCCGAGUCUCUUCCUAGCACGUCGGAAGAUCUCUACGACAUGUUCGACUUGGCCAAUCUGGCCGCCGAAGUCGCCAGAGAGAAGCCAAACGGCGAGAAGAACGCGCUCCGCAAGACGUACAAGGGUCACAUUAAGCGGCUGGGCGUCACUGGGCACUUUGAUGUCCAGAAGAAGAAGGAGGACUCGCCCUCGGAUUUCCUAGCCAUGCUGCAGGUUCCCGACCACGAAUGGAACGUCCACAUGGUCAAGGGCCGUUCUCUCAUGGAUGGCUUGUCGGAGCUGACCCAGUCGUCCUUGGGCCGCGCCUUGACUAUGGCCAAGGGCCCAGUCGCGAAAUCUGUUUGGGACACGUCGGUGUUAGGGGACAUUGGCCCAUCUAAUGGUGAUAGUUCGAAGGCACCGUCCGCGAAACCGACGGCGCCAAACACGCCUCUAAUAUCCAUGCCUGGAGCGGCCAUCAACCGGCACAAGUCUCAGCUGUCGUCUGGCUCAAAUGCCGCACGACCUCAGCGCAGCAUCAAGAAGCGAUCCUAUGGCGACAGCAGCUACGAAGGAUACGGCGAGGGAUUCCCCGACGACGACACUGGCCUUGAAACAGGCUACUCUACGGGAGAAGGUGAAGGAGGCCAGAAGCGCCGCAAGAAGAGUUCAGGAAACACACCGCCCUACCCGAGCGCCAUGCGCCAAUCGAGCUACGGCCCUGGAAUGGUCGGAGUAUGA